GGUAAACCAAUAGCUCAAACAAAACGAAACACAACAGAACAACAACACAACCACCAUGGCAGGUUCUGCUGGUACUGGCACCACCAUGGCGGGAACAACAGCCUCUGAUUGCAGCGUGGUUUUGGUCAACGCCAUUGCUGCAGACCAGGCAAAGGAUUAUGGGACUGCUCUGGCAUUGUAUCGGACCGCCGUCGGCCUUUUGCUGACCGAAAUGGAAAAGACACGGAAUGCAGCACAACCACAAAAGAGAAGAAAUGGGAAUACCGCCAACCAGCCGAUGAAAUCAAGAGUCAAAGAACUAUUGAAACGAGCCGAGGAACUGCAAAGGCAUCUGGACGACGAAAAGACACGACAUCACGAGACGUUGCAGCGAUCGGGGGCGUCAUCAUUGGCAAAGACAUCGCAACGACGAGGUAGUUUACAAACACAAGAACGAAAUGAAAGACCGGAAGGGGUCAAUGUCAAUUCCGAACCAGAGGGGGGAGAAAGCAAGGAGUGGUCAUUCCACUUUGACAUGCAUAUAGAUAUUAGCACGAGAAACAAAACAUCCAGCAGUACACCUCCAGCAGCGGCGGUGACAAGGGGGGCAGCACAAGACGACAACAGUGAGAAGGGUCUAUUAUUUAAGAUCAUUGAGUUGCUCCGGUUCUUACCGUUGCCGAUUGGAAAGCGAUGACUUUAAUCAAUCUCACCGAUGCUUCUGAAAGAUCAUACAUUUUGAAAGAUAGAACAUUACUAGUGCGGUAGGGGAAGCACACAGUCAUAAAACUAACUGAAUGAGCUGUUGCACCGGUAUGUAUGGUAUCACCUAUUGUAAGAUGGGACUGCUUCUUCAAACAUUCUCUAGCUACCAAAUCAAAAUUGUUUACCUAAUAAUUACGGUCGGGAAGCUUAGCAAAAGUUGCC